AUGCCAGAGAUCACCAAGUCGGUGCAGUUCGACAACAUUGCGCGUGAGUGGCGUUGCAAGUGGUCUGCUGACAAGGACAAGGCCUCCUUGGAUGCAGCACAGGAACUCUUGACAUCUGUCAUGGCUGACGUGAAGGCGGUGGCUGGGGUGAAGAGCGUACAGCGUGUGGUCUGUGGUGGAUGCCUUGACUUCAAGGUGGUGGUGAAGCUUGCGGCAGACAAGUUCGGAGAUUGGGAGAAGGCCAAGUUCGCACCAGAGGAAGCCUUUCUUGAGAAGCUCAAGGCCAUUGAGGGCAUCUCCAUGGUGGAGACACAGACCUACACUUUCGAAGAGAUGUGA